GUCAAGCAAAACAUUCAAUGAACAGUAUUCGUUUUGCGCUCUCACAACAUACACGUCUAGUUAUUGUGUAUACGCUUACUUAUGUUAACAUCGUUUUAAGUUAACAAGCGAAUAAGUGAAGUAAAAGAUAAGUCUAAAGUUAAAGUAUUGAAAAUAAAGUCAAGAUGUUUGCAGUAGUAUCAAUACGAUGCCUUGCAGUUUUGGCUAUGUUCGUCCUUAUACAAGAGGGAUGUGCGCUGAAGUGUUACACCUGCAUAAGCUGGAACAACACCGACUGUGGCCAAACCUUCAACUUGCAAGGAGCGAAUGCGAAGGCAGCCUUGACGGAAUGCCAAGGAUCGAACGCCGCCUGCCGGAAGGUGGUCAUACGAGAUACACACAAACACUUCGAAAUAACGACCAGAGACUGUUACGUGAUGAGGUUCAAUGUUACCAUGGAGAAGCUCAAGUGCACAGACCUCAUGAUCAGCGGAGAGUCUUGUUACUGUAACACCGAUGGAUGUAACAGCCAGACUGCCAACGUUGCAUCACUGGCUGUUGUUUUCACCUCCUUGAUUAUGUUUUUCGAUUUCAACUAUUAAAGCAAUUAAAAUAUAUAACAGGUAGAAAAAAUCCAUAAAUAAUUCCAUUACCUUAUAAACAAUUGCUAUUCAAAGUCAAUAAAAAUACACAUGGUGCACUUCAUAUUUAUCAUGUUGUUACUAGAAAGGUAAUUUCAUCUUAUGUUUUGUAUCCGAUUCUUUUCAUUCGUUUCUUCUUUUAAUUGUAUUUGAUGUAUGUAGCUGGAAAUAUUAUAGAAGUAUAUAAAUUGAAAAUUCAUUUAAACAAAGCAAUGUAUAUUGUUUACAACUUAUUUUAAUGAAGGGAACUUAUGUUGUGUUUUGUGUGAAGCAAAUUUUCUAGUUAACCCGAACAAUGACUUGCCUUUUUGACGAUGCUGCGAAGCAGUUCGUCUAAGUUAUCAUACCAUGAAAAAAUUCUUCACAAUGGCGAUCUAUGUAAAAGAUUGAGAUAGCUCGAUUUUUCUAAUCGGCAUACCUCGCUGAUUAUCAUUGAUAAAGGAAUAGGAAGCUGAGCUAUAAAUAGGACAACAUAUUCUGGGGAAAAGAUUUAAUAAUAGUUUGAAAAUGUUAAUUUUAAAUCAGUUAUAUUCAAUCCAUUAUAUGUUUAUAGAUCAAUAAACCAACUAUGCAUUUUCUGUAUUGUAUUUGACAUUUGUCG